UCUCACUUUUUUAACAUGAUCCGUUGCGAAAGGGAGUGGUACCGAUUUGAACAAAUAAUUUACCAUCCCCUUCUCCGGUCUCCGACGGAGAGGUUUCACUAUUACAUUGAUGGUCUAAAGCAUCUCCAGUAUGUUCAAUGUGCUGAAAACAAAAACAUCAAAGACUUGUUCACCAUCCGAUGGAACGAGAAAGUUGAUAUCAAAGGAGCUGUGGGUGACUUGAAGGGUUUUCAAUGUGUCUUGAGUGAAAGAGAAUAUGACGACAAUGUGUGGGGUGCACUUGAAUUCUCAAGCAAUGCCUGUCUCGACGUUAAUGAUAAUUUGUUCAAUCAAGAAUAUCUGACACAAAAUGAAAUGGAAGAAAAGCUUAGCUCGUUCUUCCCAAAACUGUUGUUGCAAUUAUAUACUUUCUUGAUUGAGCUCUAUACUCAUGUGGACUUGAGGGAACACAUCAAGGAAGGAGAAGAAGAAACUUAGUUAUAGCAGGCAUGGAACAGAUCAAGAAAGAAG